AAAGUAUGGCAUGCCAAGAUGGUUUCUGCCAAGGAGCCAGCGAUCGCGAUGUCCUCGGGGCUCUGCAUCACUUUCGUGCGCUUCCUGUGCCUGGCGGCGUGCCUCAGCGACCCCCCGGGACAGACCAAAAAAGAGGAGAAAUUGUGGCCGGAGAAUUUUACCAGCAUCCUGAACAGUCUCCUGGACGGUUAUGACAACAGGCUGCGCCCUGGAUUUGGGGGUCCUGUUACUGAAGUUCAAACAGAUAUAUACGUCACCAGUUUUGGACCUGUUUCUGAUGUAGAAAUGGAAUAUACAAUGGAUGUCUUCUUCCGUCAGACAUGGGUGGACAAAAGAUUGAAAUAUGAUGGUCCCAUUGAAAUUUUAAGACUUAAUAACUUGAUGGUUUCAAAAGUGUGGACACCUGACACUUUCUUCAGGAAUGGGAAAAAAUCUGUCUCUCAUAAUAUGACAGCCCCAAAUAAACUCUUUAGAAUAAUGAGAAAUGGCACUAUCUUAUAUACAAUGAGACUUACUAUCAGCGCUGAGUGUCCCAUGAGAUUAGUGGAUUUUCCAAUGGAUGGUCAUGCUUGUCCUCUCAAAUUUGGAAGCUAUGCAUAUCCAAUGACUGAAAUGAUUUACACUUGGACAAAAGGACCUGAGAAGUCAGUGGAAGUCCCUAAAGAGUCUUCCAGUUUAGUUCAGUAUGACCUCCUUGGACAUACUGUAUCCAGUGAAACUGUUAAAUCUAUUACAGGUGAAUAUAUUGUUAUGACAGUUUACUUCCACCUCAGACGGAAAAUGGGUUAUUUUAUGAUUCAGACAUAUAUUCCAUGCAUUAUGACUGUGAUCCUCUCUCAAGUAUCAUUUUGGAUAAAUAAGGAAUCUGUUCCAGCUAGGACUGUGUUUGGAAUAACUACAGUUUUGACGAUGACAACGUUGAGCAUCAGUGCAAGGCAUUCAUUGCCAAAAGUAUCCUAUGCCACUGCCAUGGACUGGUUCAUAGCUGUCUGCUUUGCUUUUGUGUUCUCUGCUCUUAUUGAGUUUGCUGCCGUCAAUUAUUUUACUAAUGUUCAAAUGGAAAAAGCCAAAAAGAAGACCGUGAAAUCCCUCCUGGAAUUUCCCAGUACUCCAGUGCAGAAGGAAAAGUGUACGGAAGAGGCACUGAUGAAUACAGAUGCCAAUUCCAAUGUGAGGAAAAGAACAAAUGCCACAGUACAGUUGGAAGGUGAUGGUGGGAACCGAACUGACACAGGAAACAGUUCCAUCCAACCUUCUACUGUAACUCAGGGGUCUUCUGACAUUACACUCCACACUCUUUCAGCAUCAAGUCCAAACCCUUUCAGUCGUGCCAGUGCAACAGAAACAUUGGCUUCUGCAAGAGCUACACCUCCAGCUCCUCCCUCCACCCCAAUUUUAACUGGAUAUAUAUCCCAGCAUGCCACAGCUGGAUCUCCAUCCAUGCAUCAUUUGCUCGGAUCUAGACUGGAGCAGAUUCAGACCACAGCUAAUACUUUGGGAGUGUCUGUAAAGGCGUCUGCUAUAGUUCCUCCUGCUCCUCCAGUCUCCAACUCUGGCACCAGUAAGAUAGACAAAUAUGCGCGCAUUUUAUUUCCUGUUACAUUUGGAGCAUUUAACAUGGUCUACUGGGUGGUGUAUCUAUCCAAGGACACUAUGGAAAAAUCAGAAAGUCUAAUGUAGUUUUGCUGCUAUGUAGUAGUUUCCUAAACUAUAAAACGUUUAAUGCAGGGUUUCUUCUUUUGAAACUAGUUUAAAAAAGAAACCAGUAAUUAUUAUUUUUAAAAAGCUCUGUGCUAGUUUCCCAUUGUAAAGAACAAAUUUAUUGGGCUAAUUAAUUAACUCAUCACAGAGUAAUGGGUGAGAAAAUUGUCCUCCUUUCCUUAAAUGGCAGUGAACCAUCUCCAUUCAAGCAGUAUGUCCUGGUUACAUAGAACUUGCCAUUGGGAAGAAAAGAUAUGGGAAACGACUAGAAUGCAGUGACAUGCAUUUGUGCAGUGAAACAUGCACUGACUUCAGGGGUUAUGCACAGUGAUUAUUAAAAGUCCCUAAGAUUCCCAGCAGCACUGCCUUGAUCCACCACUGCGUUCUCCAAUAUGAUUGUAGUACCUGUUUUCUGAAUGUUUUUAUGGCACUGCUGGAAAGGGAUUUUUCUCUACUAAGCUAAAGGUAAUGGGAAAAAGAGUGCUAGAAGAAGAAAAGAGAUCCCUCCCUCUGAGGGUGAGUUAUGCAAAGGA